AAAUUGAGGACGUCAGAAAUAAGAUGAUGACUGCUGAACUAUUACUUGACCAGACACAGACUGAACUGAACAGACAAAAGCAGAUUCUGGAGGACAGUCUGAGGAAGGUGAUGGAGGAGAGAAGUGAUCUGGAUAAAAUGAGAAAGGAACUAGAAGCUCAAACUCAACAACGGAAGACAUCAGAGAGAAAAUGAAAGAGGAGAGAGAGGAACUUGAUCGAAAUGAUGAAUGAAAUCCAAACAGAGAAGAAAGACAUGGAAAAUGAAAAGUAUAUUACAAGUAAUUUGAAGAAUGAGUUGGAACAAAUGCAAGUCAACUUAGAUGUACAAUGUGUUGAGAUUGAGCAUGAAAAACAAAAGACUGAGAAUGAGAGAAAAGCCUUUGAGCAGUUAAAAGCAGCUAUGCAGAGAGAAGAUGAGGACCUGAAGAAUGAACUGGAGAAGGUCAGCAUGGACAGGCAGAAACUGAAUGAGAUGGAGACUGAACUACAAACAGAGAAAGAGAAAUAUAAAGUGCUUCUUGAAGAAACUCAGAGAAAGAGAGAUGAACUGGAGAAGACAGCUGCGGAGAUAGCAAAGCAAAAUGAAGACAUUGAGAUGAAGAAAGUCCCUUCUUGAGAAAGAGAAAAAGGACACUGAAAGCAAAUGGUUGGAGUUACAGAGGAGAAGUGAGGAGCUGGAACUGCUGAUUACAAAACAAAAGGAAAGGGAGGACAUGGACAAGAUGGCAAUGGAAGAAGAG